AUGGCUUAUGUCCAUGAUUCAAACGUUCAUUCUAUAUUUUAUCAGAGGCUUCAAAAAUAUCAUUUAAAGAAUUGUUUAGUUAAAACAUGGUUACAUAAUCGAAGAGCAGUUGAUAUCAUACAAGCAAUAAUAGAUAAUGAAAAUGAUCUGUUUACUGUAUGUCGAGCUAGUGGCAAACGUACUAAAGUGUUAGAAAUUUACUAUUUCAAUGACGAAAAAUUCAAUCAUUUUUCAAGUACUGUUGGCAUUGAUCAGAUAAUUCAAAAUAAUAUUCUACGAAUAGUAUUCGUGUUACAAUUGAAAGAUAACAAACAAUCAAGAGUACCCAGAACAACGCAAACAUCGAAACAUGACGAUGAACAAAGUGCAGAUAGUAGAGUAAAUACAUUAUCGAAACGUCAAAACAAGCAAGCAAUACAAUUUCAAGAAGAACUAAUCGAAAUGGUGAAGCAUCACAAUCAAGAAAAUGGAAUGAUUUCUGUUACAUGCAACAAAAUUGUUACUAUGGCAACAGACAAAAAUCAACAACACAUCAACAUUUUUGGCUAUUUCAAACUAGUCAAUGAUGUAGUACAACAAAUUCAAGAUUUACUGAACAAAUAUCGUUUAACAAAAUAUCAGUUGAAUGAAAUGACCUCAAUGCAAAUCGACUAUCUUAUAAAUGUCUGUCGACCAGAAUUGAAAGUGAUUGAGAAAGAAUUUCAAAACGAUCGUGUACACUUCAAUGUUCGACAACGUGCAUUUAAUGCACCACCACAAUUGAAAGAUGAAAUUGAAUCUCGGAUCAACACUUUAUUAUCACACAUAACAACGUGUACAUUCAAAACAACUGAAUUCUAUUAUGAUAUUGCCAAUCGAGCAAGCUUAGUUGUUAAAACCAUUGCUCAAAAUAAUCGUUGCAAUUGUGAUCUUAAAAUCGAAACAACACUAAAAGCAUGUACAAUACCAAAAGCAAUUGAAACUGCAUCGACGGCUUAUUCUGUUUCAAAACGAAUAAUUGAACAGUCCGAUUUAUUCUGUUCAUCAUCCAUGGUUCACCGACAAGCAACAUUAGCUAAUGGAUCAUUUGAAGUUCUUAUCGGCGAUAUAGCUGCACAAAAGGUCGACACAAUUGUUAUUCCAUCCGUAUCAUAUGGAUUAAAGGAAAGUCUUAUUGAACGAGCUGGGGAAAUUGUGCAACAACCAUUGGAAAAAAGUGGCAAGAAUUCACUUUCAUUCAUUACUGAAACAACAGCUGGUAGAUUGUGUUGCAAAAAGAUUCUAUUUGUAAAUUGGUCAUUAUCAGCAAUGAUGGUACCCAUCAAUGAAAAUAGCUUACGUGAAUCUGUGCGAAAAUUCAUAUCGAAGGUCAUUCAAUAUAUUGUCAUGGGAGAUAAGCAUUCGAAUAUGGAAACUCAAUCAAUUGCAUUUGCAGUUCCUGAUUCAUGCAGCGACGAAAAAAUUGUAGCCGAGGAAAUGAUCUAUGAGACACAGCGUCAAAUUCAAUCCUUAAAAUCAACAUGUUUAAAAGUCUCAUUCAUUCUCUUACCUGACCAGCAAACGUUACAUCAAGAAUUUUUAACAGUAAUUUCAACGAUGGAAAUAAUUGAUAAUAGUUAUGGAACUCUUUUUUAUCCAACAUCAACUAUUACAAUUACACUGACAUCAUCAAAGCAAGAAUAUUUACUAAAUGAAAAUUAUUUUGAGGAUGAACAUUGUGAAAAAGAAGCAAAGUAUGCCAGUCAAAUUAGCAAACAAAUCAUUCCCGUCACAAUUCAAAAUUGCACACCAGUUGAUUGGCUACAACAACUACUAGUGAACCGUUCAUAUUUUCAAAUGUUCGGAUCGGAAAAGCAGUUUGAUCUAGUAUUUGACAAAUUACUGUUAGAAAUAUUACAAUAUACAAGUCCCCGUGACAUUUCUCUAAAGCAGCAAAUAUCCAGUGGAACAACUAUUUCGGCACAAAACCAAGUGGCUCUACAUGAUCGAAAAAUUACAAAAUUGCAUAGUCCCCUAAGCGUUGAACAACGAAAAUUAAUUCAUGAAAUGAAUAUAGAACAUUUGAUUAGUUUGGGAAAACCGGAGAUAGUUGAAGACGAAAAGAAAAUUGUUCUUGAAAAAGCAGAAGUUGCUAUACGCGAAGCGAAAGAUCAGUACACAGAAGAUGUGAGAAACGAUCAAUAUGAACAAUAUUCUCCAAGUACAUAUAAUCAAAAAUAUGAAAGUGAAAACAAUGGAAUGGAACAACAGAUAUGCUUAAAUACUGAUGGUGAUAUUAAUAAUGCAUCAUUGCUAAUGUUGAAUGAAUUUCUGCAAAAUCCAAAACUAUCUCUUCGUCCCUAUACAAAACAAUCUUCACCAUGGACAACUAAUUCAUCCACAAAAGAAAAUUUGAAAUCACAUUUAGAAUUUGCACAACGUAUGAAAGAUAACGCAAAUGAAUUGGCAAGAUUAUGUGAGAUGAAUAUGAGUUUGAUACGAGAACAAUCAAAACAACAAAUUCAACCAUCUUUAACAGCUAUAUUUGCUUCAUAUACCGAACCUCAAGUGCAAGAAACAUUAAUAACAACAUCGAAAAAUCAAAUUCCAUCGAAGUUUUUGCAAAAAUCGUAUUAAUCUCAAGCAUUAUUAGGAUGUUUACAGAAAGCAAUGUCCGAUUCUUGUGUAUCAAGUGGUGAACAUGCAUGCGUACAGAAGCUGUUAAACUCAACAACAGAUAAUAAAUUCACUUUUUUAAUACAUAUGCAACAUGAUGUUCAUAAAUCUGUACUUGAUGCUAAUCGAUGUAAAACUGAAGUAUCAGAAGCUGAUCCAAUGCUGUCAUCAAAGUGA